CUCAACAAGCCAGGCCGAGUGGGUCAGGAGUUUGUCAAUUGACACGUUUGAGUUCGUUUGGUUUAUUCGACAACACAAUUACCCUUUCCAUCCGAGACGAAGCCAAAACUGAUACACACGCUGGAAACGCUGGAAGAUCCGCAUAAUGUCGCAAUCGCAAGCGCACCCCGAAACUGUAGUGACCCAGCUGCGGCACUUUAUAACGCGGAGCAGCUACGAGGGCGCCUGGGACAAGCAAGUGAACGUGAUGGACGGCUUUGGCAGCUAUCGGUAUCCGGACGGCAGCGAGUACCGGGGACGUUUCCAGCAGGGCCAGUUCCAUGGCUUCGGCCACCUACGUCUAGCCCAGCCGUACAAGUUCACCAUCAAGGGCGAGUUCGAGCACGGCCGGCUGGUGACCAUCGAGGAUAUGUGGUUCUCCGACGGCCUGCACGUCAAGGGGACCUUCUCCAACAGCGGCCUGGACUGUGCGGAUUGGGAGUACCUGACGCCGCAGGAUAGACGCUACCAUCCGGAGAAGCGCUACGGCCAGCAGCCGGUGGGUCCUACCUCCUUCCUCACCGCCAAACUCCUGCCCAGGGUGGUGCCCAAGGGCUGCUACGAUGCCGAGGAGGGCAUCUACAACGCCGAAACCGGGUGGCUCACCGAGCGCCCCGCCCCCUUCACUGGCACCACCUAUGUGGGAUGUCAGCAGGAAAAGGACUGGAUAAUGCGGAAUUGCCGGAAAGCCCGCAGCACGGACAUUAUCGAGCCAUCGCCAAGCAUGUGCCGAAGCGUCAUUGCGAACAAUUUGGCCACGGAGCGGGAGCAGAUGCAGCGCACGGCCAUCUACGCCCCUCGUGGCAAGGUAGAUCGCGACCGCUACUACCACAAGCUGGACAAGCCGCGAGCCGGCGCCAGGAAUAGCUCCCCCGGCGAUCAAAAUCCCCUGCAGGCAUCCACCCUCCGCCAAAAACCCCUUGGUCCCGACGACCCUGCCCGCGCUACUGAUUUGUGCGUCCGUGCCUAUGCCCGCAUGCUGGAUAAGCAGGAGCAGGAGCAGCAGAGGCUCCAGAAGCAAAACCCAUGCCAGCCAAAGAAGGAUCCGGUGGCCCGGCCACGUGAAUGGACCAGCACUUCGGACGUCCGCAAUCCGCAGUCCGGCGGGGAGUCCAGCUGCGAGUCGGAUAGCUUUGGGGAGUGCAUGCUGGGAAUCAAGAUCAGCGACGAUUACCUUUCCGCCAAUAUCAUGGGCAAGAAAAAGGUCGGCGACAACUUCAACGUGGUCCAGUCGAAUCUCAUCCGUCGCACUAGCUACAUGGACAUGACUCGAUCCAUUUUCGAACUGUAGUUGUCCUGGUACAAUCCCAUGUUUUACUUUUCCACGAUUAAAAUUUCUUGUUAUCCCUUGAA